AUGCCGCCCAAAGCCAGUGGUAAAGCUGUCAAGAAAGCCGGCAAGGCUCAGAAGAAUAUUACGAAGACUGACAAGAAGAAAAAGCGUAAGAGGAAGGAAAGCUACGCUAUCUACAUCUACAAAGUACUUAAACAAGUCCACCCUGAUACUGGAGUCUCCAGCAAGGCGAUGAGCAUCAUGAACAGCUUCGUCAACGACAUUUUUGAACGUAUCGCUGCUGAAGCCUCUCGUCUCGCUCAUUACAACAAGCGAUCAACGAUCACGUCUCGGGAAAUCCAGACCGCUGUUCGACUCCUGUUGCCUGGUGAACUUGCCAAGCACGCUGUUAGUGAGGGCACCAAAGCUGUCACUAAAUACACGAGCUCGAAGUAAUUACUUCCUACGAACAUCAAUCGGCCCUUUUUAGGGCCAACAAAAAAUCUAAACGUAGAACAUGCUGUUGACAAAACGGUAAUUGCCGU